CCCUUCACUCUUCCUUCUCUUCGGUUCGGUCCCAGCCACACACCACCGAUUUCUCUCUUUCUACUCGGCACGUUCUAUCUCUCCACGGUAAGAUCGUUCAUUCUCUCUCUCCUAGGCUUCAACUUGUGCAUUGUAGGCUUCUUCGCCAUAGGUGGUAUGUUUGCAUUUUGCCGUUUGCACCAGAACCUAGCACCUAUCUUCACAACCCUCCAAAGAAUCAUUCCUAGAGGAUCGAGGGUUGAAGCAUUGAUAAAAUUUAUUGUUGAACAGUUUGACUGUAGUUGGCAAGUAAUAUGGAGUUGUCUCUUGCAUGGGAUACCGAUGUUCAGCUCAGUAACUGCAGUUGUAGAUGCUGCUUUGGUGCUCCUUGGAAACAUAAUUUCAUAUGGACACAGCUCAGAAGUUUUAUUGGGUGCUUGUCUGUAUUAGCCACCUGACUCUGUACCUUGCAUAAAUUUUCUUUUGGUGCUUGGCAGCUUAAGGCUUCUUGUUGCUGUUGGCAGCUUAAGUGAUGCAGUUUAGUUUGGCAAUAAGCAAUCUUUUCUUUCCCCCUUGUUUUCUUUAUUCUCUCCUUCAAUCAUAUGAAUUAUAAGGAUAUUUUCCCUAUUGUUUUCUAAUAUUGGGCAAUGUAUGCUUUUUUUAGGAUUUGGUUUCCUCGAGGAUUAUAAAUUUCAGUCUCACUCAACGAGGGUUUGAAAGUUCCAUUGAAAUUUUUGUCCAUUUGUCCUGCUUUCUUGUUUUUCUUUAGUUAUCUAAUUCGUAUGUGGUAAUGCCUUUUGAUAGUGUGGGUAGUUCCUGUGGUGAUUUGCAUGAGUUGGGCUUUGAAUUUGCAUCAUAGUGUCAUUGGCAGCCAAUAUAAGAUAAGAUCUGCAUGCCUUAAAAAUAACUGUUUUCUAAAUACAAGAGAAGUUUAGGUCUAUGCUUCCUUAUAUCUACUUUAUUGGUUGGUUGGGUUUCAAAGUUGCGUAGUUUUCUUUUUUAUUGUUGGACAUGCUCUGGGAUGGGAGGGUUUUUAUGAUUUUGUUACCCCUAAAUUAAUUUGUUUAA